GACCGAGGCUGAUCGGGAUGACUCUGAGGCAGAUGAAGUCCUAGCAGCCCUGACGAACUUGACAAACGCAACCAAGUUUGACCGAGAAGCCGGCGAAGUGACGCAUUCUCGUCGGAAGACCAUAUUUCACUUACUCUCCUCCAUUUCGCCUUCUCGCUCUCCUCCACAUAUGGCUUUUUCAGGUGCGUUCUUCUCUCGAAGUCUGGCUGAGCCACCGCCUGAGUGCUCCGGCAACGAGACCUCUUCAUCUUCCUCCUCUGUGAUAACAGAGGUACUCUUUACUGGACCCUCUCCCGCCAGUGUCUAUCCAAGCAACAGCCUGCCAGUCGGUAGUCUACCAACUUCUGAGGCGUCUUCGGGUCUCGGAUUUGCCCUCCUUGACGAAUAUUCAACUGGAAGACUGCCCAUAGCCUCCUCGAAUUCACCACCAGCCUUGGUCGAUAUGGUUGCGACGGCACCGACAACUCCGAUCACUCGAGCGGUACCUCGUUUUCAGCAUUCACCACGCAAGUCUGAUCCAUACACACGCUCGUUUCCUCGACCAUCUUGCUAUUCAGACGGCAGUUCACUUGGACGUCAACUUCCUGGCUCGAUGGUCUGUGGCCUGGCUCCUCGACUGCUACUUCCACCGACUGUAGCUGCCUCCGGCGGUCGGGUCAUCACCUCCUCGUCGCCGACUACCUACUUGGGCCUCUCGAACGACCAGACUGGCGAUCAGCUGCAAGAGCAUGAGCUUGAAUUUCCG